UCUCUCUUGACAGUGAUAAUUUCAUAUCGAAGGUUUAUUUUAUUUAAAUUAUGUCUCUACGUCGAUCGCAGAGGAAGAAAUCCUUCUCGAAAAUAUUAAAUGUAGGAGGAAAUGGUAAACGGAAGUCCCGUCCAUCGGUCACAGUUAUUCGAACUCGGUCAAAAACCGUACAAAAUGUGGCAUCGGCGAGAGAUUUAAAGGAACCGAUCGCUUUAUCCAGACGGUCCUCCGAUAGCAGUGUAGUUUAUUUAGGAUCUUAUCGCAAGAUCCCUGAAUUGAUCGAUUUGGAGGAUAGCUGCGAAUGUUACGAAGAGAAACUGAAAACGAGAUCUCCGAAAUUUGAAGAGGUUUGCGAAACAAUCCAUGACAAAUGAAUAAUUCAUCCGAUACUUAACAGGCAAAUAGGUAGAAGUUAGAAAUUUCCUUGAGAACGAAGACACGCUCUCGAUCUCAGCUUUUCCUUUACGCAUGAUUUCAAGUUCUUUGAGAAAAGAGUCGGUCAUAUAAGGUCGAGUUUCAAUGGCCGCCAAUUUGGAUCGAUCGAAUUCGGUGAGAGGAAGGGUGUUCACCCCUAAACAGUGCAAUUCCGACGGAAGGAUUCCUAACCAGCGCACGCUUGAACAUACCAGACUCUCAUUUUCUUUGGACAACGUUGCUGAGCCAAAGCUGAAUCAAACAAACGAAAGAAAUUCCGUUUUAUUACUGUUUAUUUUCUUGUUAACGAUUUUUUUUUGGAAUAUUACUUAUGGUAAUUCUUUUUUAAUAAUUUAAUAAUUGGUUCAAUUUUUAUAAAUGAAAAUAUAAUAUUCCCUCUUUUUAUUACAUUUUAUAUUUCAACUGAAUCUUUUGAUAAUAGACAUUUAUUUAUUAUUAAAUUCUGAUGAAUAACUUCCACGAUCUUAGUAAGCUUCAAUUUCAUUCAGAUUACAAAUUUCUGUCAUAAAUUCAUACUGAAUGAUAAAUACGAGGGCUUGGUAUAACUCACCGGUGACACUGAUAUGUGGCUUUUUACGUCACCACCAUCCUAUUCGUAUCAACCGCAACACGUACUAAUUACACUGUGGAAAUUGCCAAUUUCCCCUCGUAUAUUGUACAAUACCAUAAACUAAAAUUUAAUCCAUCAAAGCAUACACGAAUAAAUAAAUCAUUCGAAUGAAAUUAAA